AAAUGGACCAAUCAGCUGCUUUGUCUCAGUGUGACGUCCAGCGGAAGUAAAACUAAAGGCUCCAGCAGCAGCUUGUUUGGACUCAGCUGGAAGACGGUUGUGUUUUCGUAUCUCAGCUGAAUAUUUCAGUAGUUUCAGUAACAAUGUCUUCAGUUCAGCAUCUGAGAGAGUUUAUCAGAGAGCGACUAACUGCUGCUGCUGAAGAAAUCUUCUCAGAGGUUGAGAAAACCAUCGUCCGCUACGAGGAGGACGUUAGACUGCUGGGAACCUGCUGGAAACCCCAGAUAAACACGACCAGAACCGACCUCCAUCAGCAACACGACUGGAAGGACCCGGCAGCUCCUGCUGACCUGCAGCUCUGCAACCAGGGAAGGAAGUGCAGUCUGGACCAGGAUGAACCAGAACCUCUACAGAUUAAAGACAACCAAAAGGAACCUGGAAGUCCACACAUUAAGGAAGACCCGGAGCGACCAGAACAUCUGCUGGUUAAAGAGGAACAGGAGGAACUUUGCUGCAGUCAGCAUGGAGGAGAAGCUGCUCUGAAGCUGGAGACUGAGAUCAUUAUGGUCACUGCUGAUUAUGGUGAAACGGACUUCGGUGAAGAACCACUAGACCCGGUCCGGUUCUGUCCUAUGAGCUCCUCUGAAACUGAAAUGAAACCUGUGGAGUCAGACCUAACAAGAACUUCAGAGAUGCAGCUGGACCACAGACCUCCCAGUAACGUUGUGGACGGAUCUCCGGUGCCACAGGAUCCGAUUACUGGGAAACCAGCAACAUGUUCUGUGAAAUGUGACGUUUGUGGAAAAUCCUUUAAAUGCGAGUCUCACAUGAAGGAACACCGCAGAACCCACACAGGAGAAAAGCCCUUCGAGUGCCGGACCUGUCAGAAAAGUUUCCGACUGAAACGCCAGCUGGGUCUCCACAUGAGGGUCCACACAGGAGAGAGGCCGUACUCCUGCGACACGUGUGGAAAGUCUUUCAGCUACUGGACCGGCUUGACCGUCCACAUGAGAACCCACACGGGGGACCGGCCGUAUUCCUGCGACACGUGUGGGAAGAGCUUCACUCAUUCCAGCAGCCUGACCAUCCACACCAGAACCCACACAGGCGAGAAGCCUUUCUACUGUGGAACCUGUGGGAAGAACUUCAGCCAGAGGACGGGUCUGACGGACCACCAGCGGAUCCACACGGGAGACAAGCCUUAUUCCUGUGAGACGUGUGGGAAGAGUUUCAGCCAGAGAACCAGCUUAAAGAUUCACCUGCGGUCCCAUACCGAUGGUCCGCCUCCAUCCUGAACCGGGCCUCAUGGAAAUGGACUUUAUGUUUUUACAGGUGUCAUUAAAUCUAGUUGUGCCUACAUGAUCUAUCCACAGGAACCAGUUCUGUUCCAUGUUCUGAUCUCUAGCUUCAGGUUCUGUCUUCCUGGACAGGAAAACUCAUCCAUCCUCCUAAAAAUCUAAAGACAGGAUCGGGUUCUGAUGGAGAUUCUGAGUCAGUGAGCUGCUGGAUUCUGGGUUCGGUACCAGCAGAGGAAAGUGGGUGAAACAUUUGGGUUAUGGUUCCUGACAGCCUUCAGCUUAUCUCUGCAUGUUUAAUGAGGAAAAGAUCCAGUUUUUGCUGUGAAUCAUUUCAUUAUUAAAGAUUCUUCAUUAAUAAA